GUGAUCAGUACGCGCGCAACUGCCUUCGCAGAGAGGUGUCAUGAAGCCCGAACGUGUGGCGCUCUUUCAGCACACCCACCAUCACCAGCAUGAUGUCGUUCACAGCGCGGAGAGUCGCCACCACUCCAACCAGUGCCCGCCCGCGAGUCCGAAGCCCGCGCGGAUGACUUCUUGCGUCGCAGCCGCGGCUCCGUACACCGUGGCCGUGGCCCGCCGGAAUGAACGCGAGCGAAACCGGGUGCGACUGGUGAACCAUGGUUUCAACGCGCUUCGGCAGCACGUUCCCCAGACGGGCCAGAAGAAGCUGAGUAAAGUGGAAACACUCCGCUCUGCGGUCGAGUACAUUCGCGAGCUGCAGCAGCUGCUGGAACUUACCAGACGCCAAACGGGAUCGCUCCCCGAAGAACAGUACAGUUCUCCGAAGGAGAACAGGGUUCCUGAUGGUGGCUACCUAAGUUCUUCGCCACCCUCGAUAGUGGAGUCAGCGUCGUCUCCUGGCAGCAAUAACAGCAAUGAGUGCGGCACGCCUGUUCCCCGCGUUGAUCGGGCGGCCAGUUUUGAGGACCACUGUGCUCCACCGAAGAAGGUUUCCUGCGGUGUCGACGAGGAACAGGAGGUUCUGUGGGAACUCGCUUCCUGGUGGCCGGCAGCGUAGUCAAGCUAUACACUCUUGUUCGUGGUUUUGUUGAA